UCCCGCAUCAGCCGAGCUGAGUUCAGCAAUGAGAAGGUUAUCACGGCGCUGGAGCACAAGGAGUUCCAGAUUUUGAAGUAA